AUGAACCAGUGUUCCCAGGUGGCCAAGAAGGCCAAUGGCAUCCUGGACUGUGUCAGCAGGUGUGGCCAGCAGGACCAGGGCAGUGAUUCCCCUGUACUCAGCACUGGUGAGGCCACACCUCAAAUCCUGUGUUUGGUUCUGGGCCCUCCCUGCAAGAAAGACACUGAGGGGCUGGAGCCUGUCCAGAGAAGGGCAGUGGAGCUGGGGAAGGGUCUGGAGCACAAGUCUGAUGAGGAGUGGCUGAGGGAGCUGGGGUUGUUCAGCCUGGAGAAAAGGAGGCUCAGAGGGGACAUUAUUGCUCUCUACAGCUGCCUGAAGGGAGGCUGUAGCCAAGCAGGGGAUGGCCUCUUCUUACAAAUGUCAAGCAUUAAGACAAGAGGAAAUGGCCUCAAAUUACAUCAAAGGAGCUUUAGAUUGGAUAUUAGGAAACAUUUAUUCACUGAGAGGAUUGUCAAUCACUGGAAUGGGCUGCCCAGAGAAACUGAAUGUCGGGUUCCAGUUACCUUUCAAAUGGUACAGGGCAUCCUGACUUCCCAGAACGCAGAGGAGCAGGUCUUGUUGGCUUUGGCAAUGUUUGGCUGUUAUGCCUGUCGAAGCAUUCCAGAGAGGAACACUAAAACAAGCAAAAUAGAGAGACUGCCCAGAGAGACAGGAGAGUCUCCCUCACUGGACAUACUCAAGAACCAUCUGGAUGCAAUUCUGUACAAUGUGCUCUAG